UGUUUUUGAUUUCUCCAUUCCGCCAGCAGCAGCAUGUGCAUGCAAUCUUUGUCCUUACGCUGCAAUUCAAGUCUGCGAUUUGGAUGUGCGCUUCGAUCGCCAGUGCUCACCGGCGCUGCCAGCGCCGACGAAAGGCAUCCUGACAAUGAUGCAAACAAGCUUCUCCAACGCCAUCACUCCUCCAAAUUCUCGCCUAAGCUCUUUUCCCCCGUCGCAUGGGGCGACACUCGUGUUGCCAGAAACAAAAGCUUCGCAAAGGUUUGUGGUCGCCCGAGGAAGACGAGAAGCUUGUCAAGUGCAUCACCACUUACGGCCAUGGCUGCUGGAGCAAUGUACCUCGGCUUGCUGGACUGGAGAGAUGCGGGAAAAGCUGCAGAUUGAGAUGGAAGAAUUACCUCCGCCCCGAUCUCAAGCGCGGUGCUUUCUCGCUUCAAGAGGAGAAACUCAUCAUCGAUCUCCAUGCGAUCGUUGGCAACAGGUGGUCGCAAAUCGCUACACAGCUCCCCGGCCGCACCGACAAUGAGAUAAAAAACUUUUGGAACUCGUGCAUCAAGAAGAAACUCAAGCGCCUGGGGAUAGACCCAAAGACUCACAAGCCCAUAAUGAACGACGCGGCGGGCUCGAGCAUCGGCAAGAAUUUGCCACAGUUCCCUCCCUGUGACGACAUCUCUUCCUUCAAAUCCGGCUCCGCCGAGUCCGAGUCCUCGCAGUCCCAACCGGGCGACCACAGCGACCUCAAAUCCUCCAAGCUCUACCCCUACAACAUCAAUCUCGAAGCCCAUCCUCGCUUGGGCCGCAGCUUCUCCGACACCAAACUCCUCCGCAAUCCAGCACUGGUUAGCGAGCUGCAAAUCAAUCACCACGAGAGCUCCAACUCCAGGAGCGUCGUCAAUCCACUUGCAUCGCCUGGAGUGGUGAAUUCAGAAGGAGGAGGAGGAACUGCGAGAAUUCUGUUGAGGAACUUCUCCGAUUUGAGCAACGUAUCGAGGGAUUCCAGGAUUUACAACGAGUGGAUGAUCACCAGGCCAGGCGUGGAAGAUCACUCACCUCUAGUUCCAGCAGCCAGUCACAGUGCUAGCGAAGCGAUCUUCUCGAGCCCACUGCAAAGCAUGAGAUCGGAUAAUCACUGGACUAGUACUCCAUCAGGCCGCGGCAGCUACAAUCCAGACUUUGAUCAUCGCUCAAGUACUAGUACUUUCGAUGGGAAUCCGGCAGGGGAGGAGCACCAGGGGGAUGAGAUGAGGCAGCAAUUCCCCGGGAGCACCACUGGCGCUGUUCUUCCGGGCAUCGUGCAUUUGAAUUACAACAACGCUUUCGCUACUCACACCGGAUCCAAUUUCAUGUAUCAAAUCUGCGAUGCAUCGCCGCCAGCGGUGGCUUCCUUUGAUCACCACCACCACCAUCACCCGCAGUAUCAGCAGCACCAGCAACAGCCUUACGAUCUGGCGGCCGUUGACUUUGCGCUGACGAGCGACGGUCAGAACAGGUCAACGCAGUUUGACGGUGCCAUGGGUUUUACGUUCGGCGGAGGAGGUGGCGGCGCCACCACCGCGUCAAAGAUUCCAAGUUUUGAUUCCGGCAUCAAGUCCGAGCUGGCGGCUUCCGAUUGGCAGUCAUCGUUGGCGGCCGCGCUACAACACAUGUGAGUGAUGAAAAGAAAAUGUAUAUAAAUUUUACUUACACAGGCACACAUACAUGUAUACCAUCCCAUUCAUUCACUCGAUCGAGCUCGACAAAUAAAACCAUGUGACUACAAUUUUAUUUCUC